ACACAAUGGGGGACAGAAACAUCACACGUUGCAAAGCAUCAAGCAUGCAAUGGGAGCAGUAUCGCUCCACUUCAAAGCGCCUGCCUUGUUUUCACCUUACAAUUUAUGAUUGCUCAAAGACUAAACUUGAGACUCUCUCUCUCUCAAUAAACAAGUAACAGGUAUUUUCGAGUUUGUAUUCAAGAGUUCAAGUCAAUUCCUUGUUAUUUAAUGCCACAGCUUUCCAGCUGCUUCCGCAACUCUAUUUCUUCCUCUCCCCUCUCCUUUUACUGCUGAAAAUCUCUCAAAAUAUGGGUAUGGAUAUGGAGGUGACCGAGCUUCUAACCUUCCCAGCACUUUUGGCACUGCUAGUCUUCGUCCUUUCUGUUCCCUUCAUCACUAAAUUUGUCAAAACUAGAAAACACCCGAACCUGAAUCUUCCACCAGGAAGCUUAGGAUGGCCGGUUAUUGGGGAGACCUUUGAGUUUUUGAGACGGGGUUAUGAAGGCGAGCCGGAAUUGUUCAUAAGGGAGAGAAUGGAGAAGUAUGACUCGAGAGUGUUCAAGACUUCACUGCUGGGAGAGCCCAUGAUCAUGUUCUGUGGGGCAGCUGGGAACAAGUUCUUAUUUAGCAAUGAGAACAAGGAUGUUCAAGUAUGGUGGCCCACCUCUGUAAGGAAGCUCUUGCGCUCUUCUUUGGUAACCAAGGUUGGUUACGAAGCUAAGACCAUGAGAAAGCUGCUCAUGAGUUUCCUUAAUCCAGAAGCGCUCAAAAAUUACUUGGCAAAAAUGGACACCGUUGCCUGCUGCCAUAUUACCAAUCAUUGGCAAGGGAAAGAAGACGUGCUUGUGUAUCCCACGGUGAAACUAUACGCGUUUGAAUUGGCUUGUUGCUUAUUUGCAAGCAUUGAAGAUGCCAUCCUGGUAUUCAAACUCUCACCACAAUUUGAUGAAUUCCUCAAAGGGGUGAUAAGCUUCCCCAUCAACUUGCCCGGAACAAGGUUUCACCGUGCAAUGAAAGCGGCGGAUGCAAUAAGGGAAGAACUAAAGUUGAUCAUAAAGAAAAGGAGAGUCGAUUUGGAAGAGAAGAGGGCCUCACCCACCCAAGACCUUCUCUCAUAUUUGCUAGUUACAUCUGAUAGCAGCGGGAGGUUUUUGACCGAAAAGGAAAUCAUAGAUAACAUACUGCUGCUGCUAUUUGCAGGUCAUGAUACUUCCAGAUCAGUCAUAACAUCGGUCAUCCAGUAUCUCGGCCGGAUGCCACACGUUUAUGAACAAGUGUUGGAAGAACAACUAGAAAUUUCCAAGGGGAAAGAGGCGGGGCAGUUGUUGCAAUGGGAGGAUAUUCAGAAAAUGAAGUACUUGUGGAAUGUCGCGUCUGAAGUCAUGAGACUGUCUCCUCCCGUGACUGGUUCUUACAGAGAAGCUCUGAACAAUUUCACCUAUGCUGGUUAUACCAUCCCUAAAGGGUGGAAGUUGUCGUGGAGCACUAGUUCGUCGCACAAGGAUCCGGCAUUCUUCCCAGAUCCUGACCAUUUUGAUGCUUCGAGGUUUGAAGGAGCAGGGCCUACCCCAUUUUCAUAUGCUCCUUUUGGAGGAGGACCUCGAAUGUGUUUGGGGCAAGAGUUUGCACGCCUUGAGAUUCUCGUGUUCAUGCACAACAUCGUGAAAAGAUUCAAGUGGUGGUUAUUGAUUCCCAAUGAGAAGUUCCUGCACGAUCCCAUGCUAAAACCUUCAAAAGGACUUUCAAUCCGCCUUCAACCUCUCCAAAUCUAGCCCACUUCUUUCGUCCAUUCCAUAUAACACGGAUUCCAAGUUACUUCACGUGUCAGCUUAUAUUAUCUACAUUUGAAAUUUGCUAAUUACUGUCAUACUAAGAGUAUCAAUAACAGACGUGGUUUGAUGCUCUGCGGAAUGCAGGAGCGUUCCUUUCGUCACA